UCUUGGAAAUAACGUAUAGACCGCAUGUACAGAAUGUUAAAAAUGGACAUGAGCUAAAGCGAAAAUAAAUACCUUUGCACGAUAGUACAAUGUGAAACUAUUUUGUCAAAUGGGAGGAUCUUUGCAGUCUUCAGGCAUGCUCAGUUAAGUCUGUUUUUGUCUAAGAACCUGUAACCAUCAAUCACCACUGUUUUCUCCGCUCGCUCGGAGCACUCCACGCCCAGGGAAUAUGUUUGUCAGCCUGCUACAAUCUAUGCAUGGCACCUUACGUAAUAAAUUCGGAGAUCCCGCCUCCUUUCACUUCAUGCAAAAAGGAGCUGUGGCCGACUCCACUGCAACAGUUUUGUGUAGCGACAAGCCAGAAGGCAGUGAAGAGACGACUGAAACAUUCAACGUUUUUUUUUUGACAACUUGAACAAGAGCAUUUUAGCGAAAGUAUUCCAUUUGGAAUUAACACGCCUCAAGAUGAUUUUCGGCAAAUUGAAAAAGUUUGACAUCGUCUUUGACUCUCCAGAAAUCGACUCUCCUCCGGUCUUCAGCAGUGGGGACGUGGUGUCUGGAAAAGUUGUUUUGGACCUCGCAGGGGAAUGUAAAGUGGAGUCGUUGAAGUUGCACGCCGAAGGUUUCGCUAAAGUGUAUUGGACCGAGUCUCGUUCGGCUGGGUCUAGUACUGCUUAUACUCAAAACUACAGCGACGAAGUGGAAUAUCUCAACCGAAGAGAAGUGCUUUUGCAAGCAGAUAAUGGCGAGCUCAUCCUCCUCCCUGCUGGAAGACAUGAAUUUCCAUUUAGUUUCCAGUUGCCUGACGAGACACUGGUAACAUCUUUCGAAGGCAAGCAUGGCAGCGUCCGCUACUGGGUGAAGGUGAAGCUGCACAGGCCCUGGGCUACAGUGAGGAAGAUCAAGAAGGAGUUCACAGUCAUUGAGCCCAUUGACAUCAACACACCAGCAUUAUUGGCCCCCCAAGCUGGCAGUAAAGACAAGAUGGCACGGGUUUGGUACCACAACUUUGGACAGGUGUCAAUAACUGCCAAGAUCGAUCGUAAAGGUUACACACCAGGUGAGGUGAUUCCUGUCUUUGCUGAGUUUGACAAUGCCACCUCACGCUCUGUGGUGCCCAAGGCCUACAUCACACAGACGCAGACGUUCCUCGCCCGGGGCACCAUGAAGCAGAAGCGGGCGGUGGUGGCCACGCUUAGUGGCGACGUGGUGGGAGCCCAGCGUAGGGAGACCUGGCAUGGCCGCGCCAUCAAGAUCCCACCCGUUGGGCCCUCCAUCCUGCAGUGCCGCGUCAUCAAAGUGGAAUACAUGCUCAGGGUAUGUGUGGAUGUUCCUGGGACCUCUAAGUUGUGCCUGGAGCUGCCGCUGGUGAUGGGCACCAUCCCCCUGCAUCCCUUCGGCAGCCGCACCUCUAGCGUCAGCAGCCAGUACAGUGUCAACCUGGAAUGGCUCCGCAUGGCCAUCCCUGAGCAGCCUGAGCCUCCUCCUGACUACAGCUCUGUGGUGACUGAUGAGGAGGCUGAGCAGAACACUAUGGCCCACCGUCCUGAGGAGGACCUCAGUGGGAUCAUGGAGCACCCACUUAGGGCCUUUGUCCAGGAGUUCCGCUUCCGACCCCCUCCGGUGUACUGCGAGGUCGACCCAAACCCUCAGCCCCUCAACAUGAGACGUCGCUGCAUGACGUGUUGAACCAACCACUUGAGCGUCACGCGAUGACCCGACUUAAUUGCGCGAAGUGAUUUGUCUUCUCCUGGAUUACUAUCCGAAACUGGCUACCCAGUCCCAAGAUGUGACCUCUGUUGUUAGUAGGGACUAAGAGUACCGCUGAGAAGGUGGAAGAGGAGAUGGAGACGACAGGACCUGGUUGUGGAGGAAGCCCUUUUUUAAAAAAGAAAGAUGGACAUGUUAUGUUGAGCAACAAAAGGAAAUAACUUGUCCCAUGGCUCCUGUCCUCCAAAGUGAUUUUGGCUCUGGAUGAGGAAACGGAGCCCCUCCUGCCAAUCAAUGAUUCCCACACAAUAAAUGUUUUGUGUUUUUUAUGGAAUUUGAGGAAAUAUUGGGGGAGAAUCACUUGAUUUUUGUAAGGGGGAGAGUUGGAGAUGAUACCUAAAACCUUAAAGAAUGCUAUGUGAUAUGAAGAAGUAAUCAGCUGGCUUGAUGUUGAGGCAUCUGUAAUACCUAACUCCCCUUUGCCUUGUAACAUAUAGCCUAGAUGUCAACCUGCGUUAUGUAUGAUGACUCAAUCAUGAUGUUCCCAUGACUACUUCUACUGAUAGUCAAGUAAAUGAGUUUCAAGUAAGCACUUUUUCCGAGAAGUCAUGGUUUGGUGAAGAGGAGUUGAGUCAGCAGGUUUAGAUAUUAAGCCGAUGUGCACAGGUAAUACUAUGCAAAAGGGAAAGCCUGCCGUAUCUGCAAAUGAACUGAAAUGAUUGCGUGAGCGACUGAUGCAGCAGCUAUCCUCUGUAUGGAGCUGUUCAACGUAUUCUGAAUGUUACUAUAACAGUACUGGAUGAAGAAACUAAGUGAAUUUCUUUGUAUGUGGAUGAAUUCAAGAGGAAUUGGGGUUGCGUAAAAGCUAGUUCUUUAGCACAAACCUAUGCAUAGUGUCUUCUCAAGUAGAGACUAGUACUGAUUUAUGACCGUUCACAACAAUGAUAAGAGGAAGAAACGUGUGAGUCUGUUUUGAAGCUGCUUCAGGCUCAAAUGAUUUGUUUUAGAAGCAGCUAAAGAGGAAAUGGCUGAGCCAUGUGGUUUGUGCGUUUGUCUCAACCCAGAUGCCUGUGCCUUGAUGUUUAUAAAUGUCUGCAGAACAUUUGUUCAGCGUUACAUUAAGCCUUACGUUGAUGUCACUUUGAAGUGUACAAAAGAACAUUCCAAGAAAUUACUGAGGACUUUGACCUCAUUUCCAAAUAGUGGAGAGAAUGGUGGCUUCAGGUCAGCAACGCAGCUUUGGUGUCAUGCUCAGUGCAGCACACACCUUAAAUGGAAUGUAUUUUAUACAAAUGCCAUUGUUGAUUCACAGAACUUGCCAAAGUUUUUGUAAUUCUUGUUUCUAAUAAAAACACUGACACAGA